CACGUCCCGUCUCCAAUUGCAACAACAGCUGGGUGGAGUGUAUCCUCUAGCUUGGCCAGUCGUUGCUGUUAACUCACCGCUGCAAGAUGUGCAAGGGAUUGGGAUUCAGCACCGGAUUUGUGGCUCUCUGUGCAUUUAUUUGCUGCUUUGGUGCACUCCACAUGCUCAACAAGAUUGUCCACAUCAAUGAGGAGACCGCAUUGCAUACAGAGCUCAAAACAAAUGAUAAAGAUCGCUGUCAACGCAUAUUCAUUGUGAACAAUGUGAACAGUGCACAUUUGACCUGGCUGGAACUGUUCUACAUGAAGUGGACCCUUGUGUUGACCAUUUUCUAUAGCUUCAUUGUCAUGGUACUCAUACGCGCCCAGUAUUUGAGUCAUUUCGAUAUCAAUUUCAUUACCUCGAAUGCGAUGAUGCUCGUUGGCGGUGUCCUUUCCGUUGUCCUUUUCAUUGCCACUGUCAUAUUGCACGAGAGGAUGCCCUUCAUGGAGGCGUGGUGCAAUGAGUUUAUCGUGGGAUUCAUGUACUUCAUUGCCAUCAAUAUCUGUGUCGCCGUUGUAUUCUUCCUUAUCCACUCCUGUCAAUAUUACUUUCAACUGGAGGAGCACGGCUUCUAAGCCAAAUCAGUUGAUUAUUUAAAUAUAUUAUUAGAAAUUGUUUGAAGAGAAAAUGGUAUGAGUAACUAUAGGUUAUAUGAACAACUAUGUUUUCGAGAAAAUUAAUCAAGUUUUAUUUCGAUAGUUAAAAAACCAUUGACAUUUUAUUUCUUAAGCAUUGUAAAUGAACACAACUGCAUUUUCGUGGCUUUAUGUAGUUAUAACAUAUAUAAAAUAUUUAAUGGUACGUGGAUCAUGGCGAACAAAAAUUAGAUUUUUAUUCGUAUCCAAUUAUUAUUACUUAUUUCGUUAAUCUUGAAAACUAUACAAUAUUACAUUGCAAACGUAUUUUUUGUUUUUUUUUAUCAUAUGAAAAUAUAAAACUUUAUUCCAAAAUGCUAGCCAAAAAAUUUACGAGCUGCCCAUAAAAAUUUUGCAGUUAACGCACAAAGAAGAAUUCUAAAAUCCAAAAACUCACAAAGGUGUAAACGCACAAUAGCUGGAACUAAAAUUGUUUUUCUAUGUGUAUAUACAUAUAUAUAUGUAUAUACAUAUUAUAUUUUGGAAGCAGAACUACGAGUUAUGUUCUUUUCUUUAGUAAACUUGCUUAAUUAAACUCUAUACAUAUAUUGUUAUUUAAUAAUAUGAAUCUUUAUAUGUAUAUAAAAAAAACAAAUUUUGUAUAAAAAAAAAACAUAUAGACACGUUUAUUCGAAUACAUUAUAUUCUGUUUGGUAUAAAAGACAGACGAGUGAGAUAAAAGGUAAAAAA